AUGGUCCCUUCCCACUUCCUCGCAAGCUGGACUGCUGUCCUUUCCGCCUUGCCGCUGGCCACCGCCUUCUACCCGUACGCCUUCGACGCGAGCCCCUUGCGUGCCCGCCGCGAGCCCGCCGCUGAUGCCCACUCCCUCGACUCCCUCGCCGUGCCCAUCCGCCGCACCCGUGUCCGGCGUGACAACCAGUUCAGCAUCGUCACCGCCGCCGAGCCCACCCAGACGGACAGCGUUGCCGUGGACACGGGCGGCAAUGACUUCUCCUAUUUCUCCACCCUGAGGUUUGGAAGCAGCGACAACGAGUACCAUCUUCUCCUGGACUCCGGCGCUGCCAAUACGUGGGUUAUGGGGUCCGAGUGCACUACCGACUCAUGCGCCAAGCACAACACUCUUGGCUCCGCCGACUCCAGCUCGCUCAAGUCCACUGACAACACCUUCUCCAUUGCCUAUGGCACUGGCAACGUCAAUGGCACCCUUGCAUCCGACGAGGUCCAUAUCUCCAAUUUUUCCGUAGACCUGACGUUCGGUCUUGCCGGGUAUGCGUCAUCCGAGUUUUCCUCGUAUCCCAUUGAUGGCAUUCUCGGACUGGGUCGGGCCGACAAAACAGCCAAUGACGUCACGGACGGCACUAUCAUGGACGCCCUUGCCGAAGCCUCUCUCAUUCCAGCCAAACUGUACGGAAUACAUCUCUCGCGCAGCUCCGAUGAUCUCAACGAUGGGGAGCUCAACUUUGGUGCCCCCAACCCAGACCGCUAUGAUGGCGAUCUCGCGUGGACCAGCACCCUUGAAAACGACCGCGGCUUCUGGGAGAUUCCAGUCGCCGACGCUGCUUUCGAUGGCACAUCAGCUGGCCUGACCGACAGAACCGCCAUCAUCGACACCGGCACCUCUUACAUACUCAUCCCUGGCGAUGAUGCUGCCGCUUUGCACAAGCUUAUUCCACAGUCGUCACAAAAUGGCGAGAUUUUCACCGUACCCUGCAGCACCACCAAGCCCUUGCAACUCAGUUUCGGCGACAUUGCCUACAACAUCUCGGCCAAGGACUAUGUGGGCAGCAAUGUAGGUGGAAGCGACUGCCAAAGCAACAUUGUUGGUCGCCGGACUUUUGGAGAGAAGCAAUGGCUGGUUGGCGCCGUGUUCCUGAAGAACGUAUAUACCGUUUUCGACUAUGACAAGUCCCGAAUCGGGUUUGGCACGAAGGCCAGUGGCUCCUCUCUAGCCGAAACUUCAGCCAGUCCGACCUCUACUGCAUCCACCAGCUCGAGUGCAAAAAGCUCUUCCAGCGCGGUUCCGACUACGGCUGGGGGCCCCUUGGAGGGUUCGGGGUCAGAAUCAGCGUCCAGUUCCGGCUCCGCCACAGCUGCAGCUUCGACUACAACGCAAUCUUCUGCUGCAUCGGCGCCCGUUGUGAAAGAAGGGCUUGGGAUGAACACCAGAGCAGGUGCACUGCCGCUACUCAUUGCCGUGCUUUAUCUCGCGGUUGUGUUCUAG